CUCUUCCUUCUGAUGGGCGUUGCCUUUUCUACAUCCGUGAAAAGAGAGUGAGUGUGACAUUCUGGAGUUUCACCACCGGGAUCGUCAAGCCUGUCAUCGCAUUUAGUGCAAAACUUUACAAUCCACCAGCACAAACAUGUCCGUUUGGGAUGAUUUGGAUUUGCUGUUGGAUUCCCCUUCCUCACUGAGUGUGACAUCCAACACAAGGGGGACUGUGAAGGACAAGGCCAAUUUCAAAGUGGAAGAGGAUGUGGCUGCUAUAAGAAAGGCAAUAGAGGGCAUUGGCACCACAGAAAAGACCCUGACUGAGGUGCUGGCUAAAAGAAGUAACGCUCAGCGGCAGCUUAUUGCUCAAGCCUACGAGAAAGCCACAGGAAGGGCUUUAAUAGCUGACCUGGAGGGCGACACCCACGGAGACUUUGAGGAUUUGUUGGUGGCCUUAGUAAAACCUCCUGCCGUCUACGACUGCCAUGAGGUCAUCAAAGCCAUUAAGGGCGCAGGGACCACCGAGAGCACGCUGACUGAACUCUUUGCGUCGAGAUCCAACAGGCAGAUCAAAGCCAUAUCUGACGUGUACCUGGCAGAGACGGGGAAACUCCUAACUCACGACCUCAAGUCGGAGGUGUCUGGAGAUUACGGCAAAGCACUGCUUAUCUUGGCCGAGGGGAAGAGAGACGAGAGCUCCUUUGUGGAUGCAGCCAAAGCUAAAGCAGAUGCCAAAGCUUUGUACGAGGCAGGAGAGAAGAAGUGGGGGACCGACGAGGGCAGGUUCAUCGACAUCUUGUGCCACAGGAGUGUUCCUCAGCUAAGACAGACUCUAGUGGAAUACAAGAACAUAAGCAAAAAGACUCUGCAGGAGAGCAUCGAGGGUGAAAUGUCCGGAAACCUCGAGGAGCUUCUGGUGGCUGUAGUCAAAUGCGUGAAGAACGUCCCGGCGUACCUCGCAGAGAGGCUUUUCGAGAGCAUGAGGGGUUUAGGGACCACAGAGUCCACACUGACCCGGAUACUGGUCAGCCGCUCCGAAAUAGACUUGCUGGACAUUAGAGCGGAGUUCAAGAAGCUGUUUGGAUAUUCGCUCUACUCGAAACUGGAGAGUGAAGUGUCAGGCAGCUACGGUGACACCCUGAAACAUCUGUGUGGCCAAGACUAACGCCCUCAAAAUUCCUGCAAUGACAAAUAGCAGUCAGCUGGGAAACGAUAUGGGACUUUUUCCAAAAAAAGGAAUCGUCCAACAGACCACAACACGAAAGGAAUGUGGAAUUUGAGGUAUUUCGUUAAGCCCGACAAACCACAAGAACUUAAAUGCAUUUCCCGUUGCAGUGACUGAUAACUGGUACUCAAUAGUAUUUUCUUGUCCGUUGUGGAGACAGUUCAAUAAAGACUACACCAAGA